AUGCGCGCAUUAGAGCCGCGCGAAAAGCAAAAGAUAGAUUGUAUUUUAAUGGCUCGCGUGAUAUUCAUUGUGCGGCGAGAGAGUAGACAAGUAGUCAGAGUCGGCGUGCAAGUAGAAGAGCAUCGAGGGAGGACCAUAAAAGGGAGAUCGCGAGGGUGCUCGGCGCACAGUCGCGCUUCGUCUGCCCGCCUGAACGUUGCGUGUGCAAUCUUCGAGAAAUUGUUGAACGAUCGCUCAAGUAUUCGCCGAAAGGAGAGAAGCAACAAUUAUGUAUUCCAAGAUAAUCGCUCCAAGAUAAUUGCCUCGUCGAUUGUAUUAUUGAAAUUCGUCACGCGUUCGCGUGCGCACGCAUGGCGCAUGGCCCACCCUAUGGCAUGGCAUCACGGGACCUCGUUACUUGUUUCCUUCUCACAGCCUUCCUCUACUCUAGUUUCGGUUUUCAAUUUUGGAAAAUUAACAUAGUAAUAUCCUUCGUCUCUAUCACGAGCUUAUUUUUGCUGUAUAGCAAGGAGAAAGGGAGAGGGAGAAGGGAAAAAGAGAGAACGUUCCAACUUAUAACGAGAUUGCCUGGAUAAAAUCAGAUUCGAGGGCUAUCCUAGCUAUUCACACUCACAUGGUCGCUCAUAACACACGGCUCUCGGUAACUCAUAACGGACAUAACACCUGGAAGCUUCACGUGAGCAACGUUCAACCGAACGAUUCUGGAACUUAUAUGUGUCAGAUUAAUACGGAUCCAAUGAAGAGUCAGACGGGCUACAUGAAAGUAGUGAUACCACCUGAUAUCAUGGAUCUCGACGACUCGGCCGACCUUUUAACGACUAAGGAAAGCAACGAUCUGCGAUUACGAUGUCGUGCCACAGGAACACCUAAACCUACGGUCACCUGGCGAAGGGAGAACGGACGUGAAAUUACUCUGAGAAGCGAGUUAGGUGUUAAACGAGUACAAUCCUACGAGGGCGAACAACUGCAUUUAGUGGGAAUCUUACGGCAAGAGAUGGGCCCUUAUUUAUGCAUAGCCUCGAAUGGUGUACCGCCAACAGUUAGCAAAAGAUAUCACGUUAAUGUCCUUUUUAAGCCCUUGAUCAAAGUGACGAAUCAAUUGGUGGCUGCACCGACGAAUAGCAACGUUAUUCUGCAAUGUUAUGUAGAAUCUUCGCCUAAGGCCUCGAACACGUGGUACAAGGACAACGGAAUCAAACUUUUGACCAACGACAAGCAUAACGUAUCAGAGUUCACAGUAAAUGAUUACGCGUAUCAAUUGAAUCUUACGAUCAAACAGCUAAGCCGAAAUGAUUUUGGUAGUUAUAUUUGUUCAGCGGAGAAUCCAUACGGGAAAGCAGAGGGUACGAUAAGACUUCAAGAGUUGCAUCUGUCGAAGACGACAGUGCCGACAAUUCGCAAUACCGAGUCCGCCGAGAGGCAAAACUGGAGAAAGCAAAUCGAGAGAAAGGGAGGAAAGAAGUAUUUGUACGCGUUAGGACGAGAGGUCGGUAGUACGAAUUCGACACAGAGAAAUGUCGUAAGUUGGACGCAGACCACGCCGAUCUCAAGAAGAAAUAACUCCAACUCACUGCCAAGUGUCGUCCUCACAAAGAAUUCUAAAGUUUUAUCCUCCUCCUCCUCCUCCUCCUCCUCCUCCUCUUCAUCCUCUUCGUCUUCUUCUUCCCCUUAUCCAGCGCCGGCACCUGCGCCCGCACAUUCCGCACCGACCCAACUGGACGCACAGAGCGAUGCUACGAGCACGCGAUAUUUUCGAUCGGUUCAUCAGCUUCAUCUGACGGUCGUCGUUCUCCUCUUUGCAAUGACGUCGUCUUAUUGAAGAUUAUUAACGGAAAAAAAA